AUGGCAUCAGAGGUUAUUGCACUUUGUCAAAGCUUUGAGCAGGAGCUGACCAAAACGCUUGCCAUUCUAUCGCCUGUCAGCGGUUGCAAGCCGGAAGUGCACGAUGCUCACCUCAAUCAUCAUCGGCUCAGUCAACGUUUCGCGGAAAGCGUCUCAUACUAUGCGGCGCGUCUGCCGGCAUACGCCAGCGUGCCGCGCAUCCUGGCCUUCGGCGACAGGCUGUUCAGGUUGGAGCAGCACCAGCUCGCCCUCCAAGCCUGCUUCAAGCGCGUACGUGCGCUGGGGCUGCACACGACGCGGGAAAACCUGCCGCGCAUGGACGAGCUCACGCGGCUAUCCAGCCACGUGCAAGCCUGCUUUGGCUGCGCUGCGUGCGAGGCCGCGCUGCUGCUGGCCACCGACCCUCAGAUCAAACACCCGGAUACGCUCCAGUGGAUGGAGCAAUGCCUAUCCCAAAUCCGCAGCGCCAUCGCCCUGGCUCUGCCGCAGGAGCGGCUGUACUGGCUGGUCGCCAACGGCAGCGUGCACGUGUACACCAUCGCUAAGGCCAUGAUCACGGCCGGCUUCGCGGAGCAGGCCCUCCCUGCGCUCGUCUUCUGCAUCAAGGCCCUCGAAGGCCACGUGUGCUUCGCUGCGUCCAAAUUCGUGCCCUGGCGCACGCAGCUCUACACGUGGGCGGUGUACGGUCUCGUCGACUGCAAGGCGACCGAGCAGGCGCGUGCGCUGUUGGCUGACGGCCUUAAGCGGAUCGAACAGCUGGUGGCGCUGCAAAAGCUGGACCCCGUGCCGCCGCCGCCCCACCUAAAGGUAGAGGUGGCGGCCGCGGCGCCCGUCGCGCCAGUGCUUGCGCAGCUGUCGGCGGCGGCUGCCGCAGCGGCGGCGGCGCCCAAUAGCGGCGCCGCUGCCGCUGCAUCUGCAGCCCAGCGGAGCCUGGCGGCGCUGGUGGAGGCGCUCCACGUGCCGUAUCGUCGGAUUGUACGGAGUGAACCAGCGGACGCGUCAUUGAAAGAGCUGUUCGACGCAGCGAUGGCGGAGGCGGCGCCGCUAAUGGAUGGGUUGAGGAAGGCCCUGGAGCAGGCCAAGGCGUCUACGGGGUCGGCAGCUCCAACCGCGGAUGCAGUAGGCAGCGACGGCCCGUCGCCGCCAUCGCCAUCGCCAGACGCGGCGGCGGCACUCCAGGCAGCUCAAGGGCAGAUCCCGUACGGCAUCCACAAAGGCCUUAUGUGCGCCGCUUACAACUUGGAGCAGUGGGAACAAUUUGGGCAGCUGGCGGAGCUGGCCACCACGCGGACAGCGGCGGAUUUUGCCGCCGGUCAAGCAGCAGCAGGCGGCAGCGUCGACGCCGACACCGACCAAAGCGCCUCACAGCUCAUAACCGCGUGCAGCCUCUUGCAGGCGCUUCGGCGCCUGGGCAUGGAGCCAGGGGUGAGCGCGUUGCGGCAGCUUGCUGCAGCCAUCCAACAGGCAUUGGUCCGCGGGUCUCUCUCGACCGCCGCGAGCUCUGCCGCUGCCGCCACCAACACAUCCAAGUCUUUGGCGGCGGCACCGCCGCAGCCUCAGCAGGCGCAACUGACGCCUUGGCGCCAGCUGCGCGACCUCGUCACGGACGCAUCCCUGGCGUUGUACGGCAGCGCCCGGCCACUGAUUGAUGGCGUGUUCAGCGCGGAGGAUAAGGAGUCAGCCACCGUUUCGGAGCUGCUUGCAGCUUGCCAUGCGGCCUGGAGUGCGGUAGACCUGGAUGACGGAGAGCUGCACGUCAGCGCUGCUCUCAAGCUGGCGUUGCUGCUGGAGCAGGAUGGUCAGUUGCAGCAGGCGAAGGAGGUGCUGCUGCAGGCCAAAUCCAUUGUUCAGCGGGCCCGUGUUGAGCUGAUGGCGGCCAACCGCCGCGGCACGGAUGAGCACGUGCGCUGGGUUACAGCGUCACGCAGCCAGCCGAGCGACGAGACGGCAGCCAUGGUGGCAGGCAUGUCCACCAGCGAGCAGGAGCUAGCCUGCCUCCAUGUGGACUUGUUGGCGCUGCUGGCGCGAUGCGAGCUGGGGCUGGGGCUGGGGGAGCAGCAGGGCCGGGCCAGUACGCGGCGUACGCGAGUGCUCGAGGAGCAGGCCACCCGCGCCGCCCAGUCCAGCAUCUUUGGACCGCGUAACGCGACGGAGGUGGCGCGGGAUGAGGCGAGGCUGGCGGCCGCCAGCACCACACCGCCUAACCCGCAGGCAGGUGUUGGGAUGAAGGAGCGGGAGCUACUGCAGGCUUGCGCCAAGAACCCCUACGAGCGGGCGCUGCUGCUUAUGCAGAUGACGGCCUUUGCCGGGAACGACUCGGUGCGGAAAGCUCAGCUUCUGCAGGAAGCCGCCGACCUCCUGGUGAAGGCCCAAGCGGCCGAGGACGCCCUCUUCGCCGCCUCGCAGCCCGACUUACGGGCGCGGCGCGACACGCCUCUGCAGCCCAAGUUGCUCCAGCGCACGCCCACGUCCGUGACGCUGGUCGCCCAUCCGCCGGGUCCAGGCCUAAAGGCACCAGCCGGCUCGGGCCGCAAGCCGCCGACCCGCUACGUGGCGUACUGCAAGGCCUUUGGCGCUGGCGUAGGUCUGGCCAUGAACAAGACCGCAAGCGAGUACCCGGGCACGGGCGUCAUGGUGCCGUUAGGACAGUCCGUGACUAUUCAGGGGUUGCGUACGAACGACACGUACCUGUUUGCGGUGGCGUUGUACGACGAUGGCGGCAAUCUUGUUGGCGGUCUUGGCGCCUCGACGCCGGAAGUGCUGUUGGCGUUGCCGCUGCCGUUGUACAUGUGCUGGGCGCACCUGUUGGCGGCGGCGGUACGGUGUGGCGCCUGGGCGGCGGCCAAGCGCGCGGCGGGGGUGCUGCUGCCGCACUUUGUCGUCACGGCGGCCGACCCGCCGCUGUGGCGGUCCAAUCCCAUGGAUGCUCAGAGGCUGCACGGGGUCCAUAUGGCAGCUGCGGCACGGCCGCUGCUGCGCGCGUUGGUGCAGAACAUCUACAUGUACGCCGGAGCCGCGCUGCUGCGCGCUGCGGUGGCGCCGCCGGCGCCUACGGCGCCGGCAGCUCCUGUGCCGCAGGUCGCCCUGCCGGGCACACUGCCACAGCUGCGGACGCCCUUCCUGGAGGAGCAAGUAGCUCGAUUGAAGGCGGCGCGGCUUGUGGUGAUGGGUAUGGAGGUUGCGGCGCUGCUGCCAGACGAGCCGUUGAUGCAGGAGGGCGCGCUGCGGGCCUACCAGUUACUAGCGCCGCUCCUGGCGCUGCGGGCGCCGCGCACGCCGCUGCUGCAUAAGGCCUUGGCGGCUUGUCAUCUGGUGCUCUCCUCCCUCACCAAUCUGGUGCAAGACUCGCUGCAUCGGCAGGAACACCAGCGCGCACUGGCGGCGCGCGUGACGGCGGCGGUGUCGUACCAGCUGCUGCGGCUCAGCGAUGCCGCCGACGAGCCCGCCGCCACCGCGCACUUUGGCCGGCUGAGGGUGGAGCUGCUCAAGGCCUAUGACCCACGGUUCACCAUUGUCGGCAGGCCGCCACCGCCGGCGGCGCUGCAGGACGAGGCGUCGCGUCUACACGACGUGUUGCUGCAGCACCCACGGUUGGUGGAGUGGGCGCCUGAGCCUGUCUUGGAGCGUCAGAAGGACGGCGGCGACCUGGUGGCGAAGGUGCUGCCAAUGCUAGCGACGGCUGCGCCGAUGGAGGCCUGGACGGCGGCGCUCGGCUUCGAGACGGCCACCGAACAUCCCAGGUGGGUAGAGCUGGUGGUACGAAUGGUGGAGGCGGCAGUACGCAAAGGCAACCCCGUCAACGCAGCCCUUGUGGCGGAUCAAGUGUUCUGGUGGGUCAAGGCGAGAAGCAAGGUACCGCCGCUGUCGGCGCUGGAAGACCCGCCGCCACAGGCGGGCGCUCCGGCGGCGCCGGCCGCGCCAGCGGCGGCGCCGCCGGCCACUCCGACACCGCCGCCGCCUCCUAAAUGGUCCUUGGAAGAAGCUGCAGCUGCACUGACCCCCACCCAAGUGGCCUUCGUGGCGCCUCCGGCCCCCUCCACUGAGGGGCUCAGUCCGGAGGAGGCCGCGGCCGCCCUGGAGCGCCACGCGGAGGAGGUGCGCUCCCUGGAGCUCACCCAGCGGCGGCGGCUGGCGGCAGUGCUGCUGCUGCAGAGGCGACUGCCAAAGCUGCUGGCGCGGAAACGCACCAUCGAAAAGACCCGCGCUAACAUCCAGCGCUGGGCACCGUGGCUGUCCCGCCUGAACAUCGUCAUGGGUCUGAUGGCGGCAGCGGAGGCGCGAAGGAAUGUGCAAGCCAGCGGCGGCCUCCGAGCCUCCCCCUCCAGCGCCGCCGUGGUUGCGGAUCUCGGCGGGGCCAAUGAUGGCCCUGACGGCCCCGCGCAGGGGACCGACACGCCGCCGCCGCCGCCGCCGCCGUCGACAGCUGACGCCGCCGCCGCGCCGGCGGAUGGCGCGGCAGCUACAGCGUCGCCAGCCCUGCCUCCAGGGCUGCAGGCCAUGAUCCACUUUUCCCGGGCAGCGCAGCUGGCAGCACGCGGCGGCGCGUGGUUGGAAGUCGCGAACGCUGCACGGCACGCGUGGAACCUUGCGCAGGGGGUGCUUAAUCAGGACCCGGCGGCGACGACGCCGGUGCCCAAGGUGGCGUGGGAGCGCGGGCUGCUGCCGGCGCCGCCGCCUCCACCCGAGUCCCUGCUGGUUCCCGCCACGCCGCCAGUGGUGGACAAGAAGGAUAAGAAGGGCAAGAAGGGGGAGAAGAAGGAGGACGAGAAGAAGGAGAAGAAGACUACACCCAAGGCAGGAGGGGCGGGGAGGGCGGGGCGGGGUUUGAACAGUUGUACAUAUCCAGCUGUGCUGCUUCCUCACACGACUGGAAAUAGGAAGAAGGGCGCGGCGGCAGAGGAGGCGCCCCCGCCCCCGCCCCGCACCUACCCCCUGCCCGUGGGUAGCCGUCCCAACAUGGGCCGCGCGGCUCGCUCCCUCGCCGAGGCGCUGAUGGAGCUGGUGGGGCGGCUGCGUGAUGGGCUGCAGCUGCAUACCUGGGUGGCCCCGGCGGAGGAGCGAGGGCAGGUGGAGGGCAGGUGGCAGGGCGGUGGGGGUGAGGACGGCCGGCCUGAGACAGCGGCCGUGUCGGACAGCCAGUUCAGCUACGGCUCAGAUCUGCAGGUUGAUAUCUGGUUCAAGGAGGGUCCCCUGGACCUGGCCUGGGUGAGCCGUCUGGUGGGGGCUGUGGUGGUGGUGCUGAGCAGGUGCGACAGGUGGCACUCGCUGGUGGAGGUGGGCAGGUGCUGGAGUCGGCUCAGCGAGGGGGCGUUCAACGAGCGGAUACUGCCCUGGCUGCUGCAGGCAUGCCCCCGCACGGGUGUGGACUCCGGUCCCUUCCAGGCCGCCCUGGACACGCUGAUUCGGGACAAGAACCAGGCCCUAGACCAGCUGGAUAAGGUUCGCCUGCUGGUCCGUGAGCGGCUGGGUGAGACCUCCCUCAUGGCGCAAGGUAUGGGGCACAAGGUGCGCAAGAAGCGCAAGUCAGUGGCGGCGCGGCGCAGCAUGGCCAGCGGCGGCGGCAGUGGCCCGGACGGGCGGCCCAGCACCACCGGCACUGGCAGUCUCAUGGCUGCCAACAGCCUCCGCAGCCUGGGUAUGGAGAGCGACGGGGCCAGUUUGGUGAGUGCGGCGUUCACUUACCGCACGGCCUCCACAUUCAAGACCAAGGCCAGCCAGCCCGACUUCAUGCGCAUACCUGCGGAGUACGAGAAGGUGAUUGAGGUCCUCAAACGCCGCAAUGAGAAGGGCUUCAUGGUGCUAGCCAUGCACGAGCUGGGUGACGUGCACGCGCACUUUGGCAACUGGGGGGGUGCGGCUACCGCAUGGAACGACACUCUGGAUACACUGCUAGGGCCCUAUCAGGCUAUCAAAAACUGGCGGCCCAAGCUGGAGCCCAUGACGCCCGCUGCCACGCUGCAGUUGUACGGCCUGCACGGCCUGCUGCUGGGUGCCGUACUGUCCGGCAAGCUCGCCCGCUACACGUACCACGACCACCUGCACCUCCGUUUGGAGGCAUGUCGUCUGGCGGCCCGCCUGGUGUUCUGCACCUUCUCCGCUCACCUGGGGCACCCGCAGAGGCUGCUGGGUUUCGCCACUUACACCCCCCGGGAGCUGUGGGCCACGGGGACAGACCCGUGGGUCGUUUGGAACGACCCCUACCGGUGCCCCGUGGGUGACCUGGCGGGUGCGCUGGAGACUGCGGCUGUGUGUCUGCUGGACAAUGGAUUGGCGUUGGAGGCUUUGCCGCUGCCGGACCCCACCCUGGACUCGGACUACGUGCUCAAGGAGGCCAGCGGGGCGGUGGUGCAGGUAGAGCCGGCGCCGCCCUUCAACAACUCCCUCCUCCCCGGCCACCCCGCCAACAAGGCCGCGUUGAUGCACCUGGCCGACACGCAGCUGCACCCCUCCGUGGAACGACUGUACGGCAGCUGGCUUGUGGCGCACCUGGCGCUCGUACGUGCGCAGCUGCUGAUGCUCGCCGGCGGUGUGCCCAACCAGUGGCGGAAUGUGAACUGGAAGACGGGGGAGCGAGUGGAGGUGCCCAAGCCGGUGACACCUCCGACGACGACCAAGGGCGGCGGCGGCGGCGGCGGCGCAGCCGCCGCAAAGGGCGGCGGUGCGGCGGCCGCCGCCGCGGCGGCAGCGGCAGCCGCUGCUACCGCGGCGGCUGAGGCUGUGGGCGCGGGUCUUCCUGAGGUGGUGGAGCCGUUGAUGCUCGAGCGAGCGUACCAGCUGCUUAAGAAGGCAAUGGUGAUGGCGCAAGCUGAGGAUCAGCCGGCUGAACCCCCAACAGCUCCAAUCGCGCCACCCGCCGCCGGCGGCAAGGGGGGUGCCAAGUCCCCGCAGCGCGCCGCCUCCCCCGCCAAGCCCAGCCCGCGUGGCCGCUCCAAAUCGCCCAUUUCAUCCGCCAAGGGCCAGCGUGGCGAGGUCAUGGUUCGUACUCUGCUGCUGCAGAGCGAGUUGGAGCAGCUCCGGUGGCACCCCGCCCGCGGACUGGCGCACGCCUUGGAGGCGGCGCGUUUCAUCGGUGCAGAAGCCGACCGUAUAAACUCCCCUCAGCCGGGAGCUGAUAAUGACGAGCAGGAGCGCUACUCACUGAUGCCGGUGCUGUGGUUUCUGGCGCGCAGCGCGGCGGUGCGUUGCGCGGCGCAGCUGGGCCAUGCGCGUCAUGUGCAUGCGCUCGUGGAGGCGGCGUCGGCACGGGACACCGCUGCGGGGGCGGUGCAGGAGCAGAUGCACAUCGCCGGCAUGGCGCACAUUCAGGCACUGGUGCUGGCGCAGGAGGGUCGCACAGCCGAGGCGAUAGCGGCGCUGGCGACGGUGGUGGCGCGGUAUCGCUCGCUGUCGGUGUACGACACACGGCUGGCGGCGGCGCUGUUGGAUGCGGCAGCGCUGCGGGACCGGAUGGGUCUCCGUGCCGACGCGGCGGAGUUGGCGGCACAGGGCCUGGCGGUGGCAGAGCUGUACUGCAUGGUGGUGGGCUUGGGGGAGGCGCUGGCGGCGCCUGAGCUGACCAACGUGUAUGCAGAUGGUACGGCACUAUAUGCCCAUGCGCAAGGCGUUGCCGCGGUGCAUGCGUCGCGGCAGUGCCGCCAUGCGGAGGCGGAACGCCACGCCGCCCAGGCGCUGCGGUUGCUGAGACACCACACACGCGGGCUGCCGGCCCAGCAUGCGGAGGCUGCCCUGGCGCUGGGCCGUACGGCGAGGCUGGUUGCGCUCUGCGGAGCUGGUGACGACGACAACGGGGGUAGCGGAGUCACCGUUGCUGCUGGCGGCAUGGCAAGGCACGGCAGCGUCGCCGCUACCGCCGCCAAGCUCGGCGCGGCCCGUACGGCGCUGAUGGCGUCUAUUACCCUGGCCUGCCUUGACGGCGGACAUCUCCGCAUCCUGAUGAGGUCGGCGCUGCUCGAGCUGGCGUCAGUUUACAUCGCCGGCAUGGAUACGCGCGCCGCCGCCGCCUGCCUGCGUGCCGCACAUGCCGCCGCUUCCAAGCAGGACCUCGUCCUGCUGUCCUCGCACACGCUGGCUCCGGUGGCGGCGGCGCAUUUGCCCGACUGGGCGGUGGCGCAUGUCAAGGGCCAGGAGGCGCGUUUCACCAAAGAGGCUGGUCGCAACCCCGAUGUGCCCGUUGCAGACGCAGAUGUUGCGCGCAUGGUGGUGUGCCUCCUGGGGGGCCUUCUGUGCUCGGUUGACUCGCUGCCUGUCAGCGGCGGCUUCCGUGCGCGAGCCCAGGCCAAGGUGGCUGCACUGCACACCGCGCUGCGCUACGCCUGCGCCAAGUACGGCAUGGAUGCGUGCUUUUCGGAUCCACCACUGCCGCCACCGCCGCCGCAGGCUGCAGCUGCCACGCAAGCGGCCGCGGCGGCAGCGCCGCCGCCGCCGCCGAAGGCUGGGGCGGCCAAGGCAGCAGCAGCACCACCACCAGCACCAAAGGCGUCAGCGGCGGCGGCGGCUCCGCCGCCACCGGCGGAAGUUGAAACGCCACUCGCCGACGGCACGGUGCUGGCGCAAUGGCAUUGCCAAGACGGCUGCUGGCAAGAGCCGGCUUCCUGGGUCGCCGACGGGUCCCUGCCCGACGGCGGCGCCGCCGCAGUCCCGACGGAGGCGCAGCUGCUAGCGCUGCCGCCGGUGGAGACCUAUGCCUCGCUGCUGUACGUCGUCGCAAUGCCGCGCAACGACGGCAGCGGCGGCCGAGGCCCGCAGUGCGGUGAAGUUACCUUCUCUGUACGGGCCGUGCGGGAAUUGCAGCACCGUGUACGGCAGUUACGCAGUCGCAUGGAGCGCCCCAAGGCCCCAACCGACAUCCUGGGAUACGCCGCGCCAUCGGCUUCGGAGCUUGCUGACCUUUUGCAUUCUACGGAGAAGCUGUUGAGCGCUAUGCCGCACCACUCUGAUGACGGCAGCAGCAGCGCCGCCCUGGGCGGGGAGCCCUUGCUGAGCAGCGGCAGUGUGGCGGAACUGCCGCCGCUGGUGGGCGCGGUGCGGCCCAACUUGGAUCAGGCGUUCCUGUGUCGGCUGGAGGGGUUGCUUAAUUUGGACUCAGGGGUCGAGUUGGUCGACCCUGCCUUGGGGGCGUGGCUGGUGCAGACGCUGCCGGCUACGUAA